AUGGCGUCCAGCCGGGUGUCGGAGAGGGAGGUACAGGAGGAGCCGAGGCGCGUCGCGACCGCAAACCCCGACUUGUGCCUGCACAAAUACUCCCUGCUCAUCAUCAUAGGACGCACUGCUCACCCCAGACACGCGGGACACACCAGCAGGGACAUUGAACGAGGUAUUCGGUCAUGGGACAUCGACUUAAAAUCUUGUGACCUGAAUCUCUAUCUCCAAGAAUUUCUGUCCCAGCACACGGCAUCUUUUAAGGGUGCGGGGCAGAAGUGCCUGCGCCACAGAACCAGAGUGUUGGACACUCAGGUGCUCAUCGGUCCAUCUCAGGAACAGGUUCAUUCAGAGGCGUUUGCUCUGCUGUCCCGGGAAUCGGCUCAUAAGUUGUUGAUCUUGGCUGGCCAGAGCGAGGAGGAAAGUGGAGACCUUCUGCUUCACAGAGGACGGUUCUCUCCACAGCAGCUGAAACAAAUCCUAACAGAGCAGUUCAUAGAAAAAGAGAGCUCUGCCUCCUCCAACAAACUCAGCCUGACUCUCAGUUGUCCCGACAUCAGCCAGUGGAGCAAGAGUCUCUUGGGGAACCAGCAGGGUCCUCUCAGGCUGCUCAUCAAUCCCCCGGAGGUGCUGCCUGCCAUGGAGGCCCUGGGGGAAUUCACCUCCCUCAUCUCUGGAACCCUUUCCCCUCCAUCUCCCUUCGACCUGCUGCCCCCUCCCACCACCGUGGGUUUCCUCAAGCUGUCCCGCCCCUGCUGUUACGUGUUCCCCGCCGGCCGCGGUGACUGUGCCUUUUUUGCUGUUAAUGGGUUCACAUUGCUGUUAGACGGCGGCUCGGACCCUCAGGCCUGUUUCUGGAAGCUCGUCCGCCACCUUGACCGAGUUGAUGCCGUGUUGUUGACGCACAUUGGGACGGAGAACCUCCCCGGAGUCAACGUGUUCCUGGAGAGGAAGGUGGCCGAGUUGGAGCUGAGCUCUGAGAUAAAAGAUGACUCUUCUAAGAGGCUCAUCUCCCCAGAGCUUGGAGUCGUGUUCUUUAACGCCCCCAGCAAGCUGCAGACGGAGGAACAGCCUUGUGAGGACAAUGUACUGAAGAGCACCCACCAGGCGGCCUUAACCUUUCAGCUGUUGAAGAAGUUAGACAUCAGGCCACAGCCAUUGUUUCGCCCCCAGGGGAACCCCAUUGAGCCGUUAACCUUAUUCCAGAAGAUGGGAGUGGGGCAGUUGGAUUUAUACAUCCUCAACCCUGGCAAAAACAGUCAGGAUUACCAGACAUUUAUGCAAAACUGGCCUGAUGGGGAGUCAUCCACAUCCAAAUCCCCAAUCCUCCCCCUCACCGCCCUUGCCUCAGUUUCCGCCCUGCUUGUGUGGCACCCAGCGUGUCCCCAGGAGAAGGUUGUCAGGGUGUUGUUCCCAGGUGUGACCCCACAGGCACAACUACUGCAGGGGCUGGAUAAACUCAAGGGCCUGACCUUCCUCCAGAAACCCACAGUUACCACAGGGGACAUGGAGAGGCUUGGGGAGGACAGGAAGACGAAGAGCACAGAGAGUCAGGACAGUGGCAGGUCACAAGGGAAGGACUCAACACUCAAACAGGGAAGAGAAAGGGGAAUUAAAGAGGAGGCCAAGGAGGUGCUUGUUAGGGAUAAAGGAAAGGUUUUAAAUGGAUUCGCAACAAGAGAUGCCGAGAAAACCAGAAUCAAAGAGACAGGUGUAAAGCAAAAAGCGGCAAUGUCAGAGAAGAACACCUCGAAGAAAGGAGGGAAGGAUGGAAACAAGGAGGAGAAGCCUUUGAGCAAGGAGGAGAAGUUUGGAAAAAAAGAGGACAUCGGUGUAAUGAGGAAUGAUAAGGUAAAGAAAGAUGUUCUCUCUUCCAAACCAAGGACUGAAAAUAAAACUAAGCUCAAAAAGGAAGCAACAAAUGACUCUAAGACAGGGGUGAAGAAAACCAGAAAACCAUCAGGAAAGGAGGCAAAUGCAGACGAGAAGAAGGUGAACCCUGAACUGUCAAAGCCUGACACUGAGAACACGUUCGACAUCUCAGAUCCAGGAGGUUGUGAUACAGAGCAGAAGAUUCAAAAAGUAGCGAGGGAGUCUGAAGGGAACCCGUGUGGCUCUAAAAUGUCUACCCCUGAGGAUAUGACGGCAGACUUUCUCAAGCUUCGGGGGGAAACUGAAAGAAGAGAGGCACAGACGGAUCCAGCAGAUAACAGAGAGCAGAAAAGCAGUGAGUCAGGAAAUGAAAAGAGCCUUAAAGUGAAGAGCAAGGAUAUAGGUAAUGAGAAUGAGGAUACCCCAGGGGAAGAGGCUGCAGGGAUAAUGGGAGGGAAAAGUGGUGGUAAUGGAGCAGAAGAUACAGCUUGGACUGGAGAAAAAGCUGAUGUAGAGCAGCCUGAAAAUGCAGCCAAACCAGCAAAGGUUGUAGGAUUUCCUUCUCCCCUGAACAAGGUGCCAAAGAAGGAUCCCACUGACGAGCUGGACUUAACUCCGACCGAAUACACGCUCCUGGACGGGGCUUUGAGAAACAGCCCUCCCUCGAGAUCGUCUCCAGACAACCAGGCCGCUCUCAGCCCUGACGAUCGGGCCUCCCCCGGCUCACGGGCCAACAGCGCAGGCCACACUCCUUACUGUCUGUCCCCAGAUGAUGUGUGGUGCAGUAGCGGCACUCUCAGCAGGUUACAGGCCCAGAUGGGGAACUUAGAGUCUGCUGAUGUCAACCAGACAAAUGGGUCAUCGAAGCAAAGUGAGCCCAAAAGCAACCCAGAGAGUAACACAAACCCCAGGGAGAGGCAAUUAAGUUUUCUUUCCCUGGGUACAUUUAAAGAGGGAUCCUCAGACCCCUCUCCCUCUAUGGCUACCACCACCACGACCACUACUACACACUCCAUGCCAGCAGAGGUGGGCUCACCUCAGUCCACAGAAGUAGAUGAAUCACUGUCCAUGUCCUAUGAGCAGGGGUCAACCACUGUGAGCCAGCGAGAGGGGGAUGACAGUGUUCAUAUCUCCAACUCCAAUGGAGGCCAUUGUACUGGAAUGUCUUUACCGAUGAAGAAGACUCCCCGAUCGUCAGGGCAGGGUUCAGAGACGGGGCGACCUGCCGCUCCUCACACACUUGACUUUGAGGCCUCCGCUCACGAUGUGGAUCUGUGUCUGGUUUCCCCCUGCGAGUUCAAGCAUGUCAAACAGCCCGACUCCAGCUCAGAUGCGAGCGAGCCGUCCAGAGGAGCCUUCGCUCUUCAUAAUCACGGCAACAGAAACCAGGACACAUCAGCCAGCGAGUCAAACGCCCCCGUCUGCACAGAGGACUGCCCCUCCACCACAGCAGACGGAGGGCUGGACUCAGAUGAGGACGAGUCGUGUAGUGAGCCAUCUAACUCUCCCCACGAUCUACGCUCCAACCAGGCUCUGCCCCAUGACCCUCUCCCGGCUCCUUGCAGAGACGGCCCCCCCCGGCCCCCUCAUCCUGACGCCUCCAUGCCCGUUCCUCAGUCCGACGGUGACACUUACGGGAAGAAAGCAAAAGCCACUGGCAUGCGAGGGAAAAAAGCUGCAGCGGUUGUUGAAGCUCCUCAAAAAUCAAGUUCAGGAAAAAGGAAGACAGGGAGCCAAAGUGGAGUCCCAAAGGGAAAUGUCUCAUCUAUUCGCACACCUUCCUCCAGCACCCGCUCAGCACCAGCUAAAUCAUCGCCCAAUUCAGGGUCUAAGUCUACCUCUGUUGGUGAAGUCAGUGUGUACGUGGACCUGGCCUACAUUCCCUCUGGAGCCUCCUCUCCAACAAUCAGUGUGGACUUCUUCAGAUGCGUUCGCUCCGCCUGUUACAUCAUCAGCGGCGACAGUCCAGAGAAAGAAGAGAUAAUGAGGCAGACCCUGGACGCACUACUGGAUGCCAAGAUAUCCUGGCCUGACACCAUGCAGGUGACAUUGAUCCCUACGUUCGAGUCGGUGCCGAUGCAGGAGUGGUACCAGCAGACUCUGGAAAAGCAGAAGGAGCUGGGCAUCACUGUGCUGGGAUCCAACAGCACGGUCGCCAUGCAGGACGAGACCUUUCCUGCCUGCAAGAUAGAGUUCUGAGGCACACUUGGGAUUGCAUCAAUUGCAUAGUACAGGUGAAUAUGAGCUGAAGGAUAGAUAUGUGUGUGUGAGAGGAAAGAAAGAGUUAAAAGAGUGACAGAAAUAGAAGGUUAGAAACAGAUAGUGGGGAGAUAAGACAUAAUGACACCUUUCUGCACACAACUUCAUAACACAACUGUCAUUGUACUUUUACCCAUUCCCCUCCCGGUUAAUCGCUUUCUUUCUGAGCUACUUUCACUAAAAAGUACACAUUCCUGCGUGUGUGUUUUGCAUGUUUUUUUUACACCAUUGACCCUGAGCAAAACAAGGAGAGGAGAUAACACUGGCUGCAAGAGAAGCAUGUCCACUUGCAAACAUGUGGAACCACACGAGAGCUGAUGGUGUAGAUUAGUCCAUAUAGUAAGUAAACACGGAGUAAACAGCACUUUGUGUAGGCUUCUUUUCUUAAUGCUUUCAGCACUGAUGUGUUAGUUAGAGCUUAGUUUGCUGCUUUUAAUUCAACAUUUACUGACAAAUUAAAAGAUUGUGCUGCCGAUAUUCCCAAAUGGCAAGCCCGUGCCAACUAUGAUAAUUUUGUUUCUUUAUUUCACUAAUAUUUUAUGGGUCUGAGCACAGACGAUUUCUGUAUCAUAUAAAGAGAGUCUUAUAGCGAACCUUAAAUUAAAUAGCAUUUACAGUUUGUGGUCAGGUGUUUCCUGUGAGCAUUGUAAGCAGACAUGUUGAACUGUGCUGUGUGUUGUGUUUCAAAAAGUAUUGCACCGCUGUGGCUUCACUGUUGACCGCAGGUUCGCUGCAGAGCAAACAGCCAAGCUGCGAUUUAUCUGAUGUUGAGGGGUAAUCGGAGAUUAUUCAUUAUUGAGUGGGAAAAAAACUAGUUCACCAGACUUGAGUUACAUAAUAAAUAUAUUCUAAUUGCAAACUAUUACGAGUGCUUAAAAUCUGACUAUUCAGGAAUCAUACAGCAAAUGCUUUUGUGGAAAUAUGUAUGUUAUUAUGUAACUUGUUGUUUUACAAAAUAAACACAAAAAGUGAUGACAUUUUGAUCGUGGAUAUGAUGGGUAAGGGUUUAAAUAUUGUAGAAAGAUAAUUUGCACAGCACAACAUCAUGGUUUCUUCACAGUGGGAGGCUGUACUUUUAAAAUAUGAAUACAUUAUUUUGGAACUAAGUAAUCCAGUAACUGAUAUUAAUUAAUAAUCUACAGUUCUUACUUAAAUUAAGUUUAUUAUUUAGUAACAUUUUAGAUUUUCCCAAUUAAUUCACACCACACAAUUUGACACAUUUUUUGUCAAAAUGACUAAUGAUUGAAUAUUUACUUAUUAUUUAAAGAGCAGUUAUUUUAAGGAGAACUCUUCUGUAAAUAUACCACAGCAUACCACUUACUCACUUUUACCUGAAAUUAGAGCCAAAUUACAGCAGUUUUGCCUGGAUUUACCAGAAAAUGAUGUGGAAAUUACAGAAAAUAAAGCACACACAUAAUUUAAUUAAUGACAUUGUUAUCUCUCCAGACAUGUCCGUCCAAUCCUUUCCUAUUUAUUUACGUCUGUCCCAGUCUGCAUGUCCAAUAUCGGAUGUUGUUUUCAAGUGGGAUGUAAAUGAAUCAAGACUGAUAAUUAUCUCGGUUCACACAAAUGCAGGUACAUUAAAGGUGGGGUAGGUAAUUUUGGAGAAACCAGCUCGAGUGCGUAGAAUUUGAAAAUACACAACCGGAGAAAAUCUGCCACUUCCUUACAGAGCCCCUCCUCCAACACACACGAACGCGCACAUGACCAAUGAGGGCACAAGAUAAGUUUGUGCACAGAUGGAAGGCUGACAGGCAGGUAGGCCAUCCAGUUACUUUAGCCGGGCCGGCUAAAAUGAUUGGUCGUACUUUUUACAGUACUACGGCUUCCAUAGAUGACAUUUUUUUAUGGAUUUUUUGUCAAAGCACUUAAGAUAUUCAUUGCUAUCGGGAUGUUAAGAGCAUUCCAUGGAAUAUAACAAAAAGUGUAUCUCGAGCCGGUUUCUCAAACUUACCUACCCCACCUUUAAUAUCAAAGUGUUUCCUUAAUAUCAAAGCAUGAAAUCACAAAGACACCACCAACCAUUCUCCCCUCUGUCUGAAUGCAGCCUCAAAAUGAAGAAACAAAAUGUAAUUUAAUUAAGUGUAUCUAAAUAAUCUGAGAGACAUUUUGUAUUUAUAUAAAUGCACAGUUGAUUUUCUUAUCAUGGACUUGUACUAUCAUUGACAUUUGUUUUACUUUGUGCAUUUUUAUUUUCACAACCCUUUUCUGCCAGAUUAAAUAAUGUAUGGGAUUCAGAGGGUUGAACUAGAUCUGUAUUAUAUAGGUGACAAUGACUUGAGCCCCACAGUAGCAAAAUCAAUAGUAACUAUGUGUCCCGCAUGUAUAAAAUACUGUAUGUACUGUAUGUUGUUUCAUUCAUGAUAUUCAUGAAGAUAGAGAGCAAAGCACUGUGGGAGAGAUGGAUGGUAGAACGAUUGAGAACCUUUCACUUUGCAAUUGCCUGUAAGUAAAUACAGUAACAAUGUCAAAAUGUGAGGGUUGUGGGGCCGGGACUAAUAUAUGAAUAAAGAAUGUACAUCACCACUCAA